CGGUUUUGGAAGUUUUUUGGCUGUUUCUGGUGGUGCCGCUAUUCCAAUCCUCGGUAAUGGUGGAUAGUGCCACAGUGAUGGAUGCCCGUGGCUAUAUUGAAAAGGUUGCCAGAAGAGUGGUUGAAAUACUGGAAACCAGAUACAUCACCGGAACGGCACUACCAAUAGAUGAUUAUGUUGCUCCAAUUAACAUUUCCGAUAAAGGAAUACGGAUCGAUGGAGAGGUUUCGUUUCAUUCUGCGUUUGUCGCCAAAAUCGAUUCCAUUACUCUGGAUAUGCAGCGUUACGCAGAAACCCUGCUCGACUCCGAAAUGUCCGUGCAGGCAUCCAUCAAGUGGCAGGAUAUCGGCAUUGUGCUUGAUUUCGAUGCUCAUUUCGAAGACUAUACCGGGCCCGGCACGUUAUUGGUAACUUACAAACAGUUCGAUUUUCCGCUGAAGAUUAUCAAGCGCUUCAACGAGACGGAACCGGAAGGAUCACUUUACUUCAUGUCCAUCGAUAACUCGAACAAUAUUGUAACCGUCGGCCAUCCAAAUAAUAAGCACGUGCAGAUGAUUGCCCGAGGGAUUAAAACAAGCUUCGAUUAUCGUGAUAAGAUGAUUGAGUCGUUCAGGAAUUGGAAUUUUGAUAAUCUUCUUGCGCUAGUAAUCAGAGAAAUACCGUUCCCGGAAAUCUGCUACAACUGCUAA